CGUUAGCGCCGAACUACAGUGAAGGGUCCCCCCCUCGCUUCGCUCUCUCACCUGUCCAUAACCUGCGUGCUCGUGUGGAAGUGUGUAUAUUCUUGUGCAUAGUUGUGUGAGUGUUUUGUUUGGUUUGUUGUCCGCCAGAGGGAGUGUAGGUUAUAUUGAUUGUGUAUGCGUUUGAGUGCUGUGCCAGCUUUUAAUUAGCAGUAGGGUGACUGUGAGUGGUUGUGUCUGCUCGUGUACGUGGGUGCUUGUGCAUUAGUUCAUGUUUUAUAUUUGUGCAUGUAGAUAUAUAGGCUAAGUAUUGUGAGGGUACAUACUUAAGAUGCCCAGCAUUUCUCCUGCACCACAUCCCCUUCCUUGUAUAUGCCCUUGUAUCAUUUGGCCACCUGUUUGACCUCCUGAAAACCCCAAGAGACGAAAAAGCUCCAGCAGGAUGAGUGAGCGUUCUGGUGCAAGCAGUCUAGCUGCUAUGACCCUGGAGGAGCCAGGGGCUGAACAGGCAUCUCCCAGAGCCCCGGGCCCUCUCCGCUGUGGCCCCUGUGCUGUGUGGCCUCGCCAGCAGACCUGGCUGUGUGCCGUGCCCCUGGUAAUGGGCUUUGUGGGACUGGGACUUAGUCUUAUGCUACUAAAAUGGAUUGUUGUGGGAUCUGUGCAAGACUAUGUCCCCACUGAUCUGGUGGAUCCCAAAGGUAGCAUUGGACAGGACCCUAUAUUUCUCUCCAAACCCAGUGCCAUGCCCAAGGGGCCCGACAUUUCCACAGCCACCACUACUUCAGCUGCCUCUACCACAGCAAUGGUCUCGACUACAACGCCGCUAGCUGCAGAUGGUACGGCCCCAGCGCCAAGAACUCGAUCGGGGCCACCGGCAAACCACUCAGCCAAUGGCAGCACUGCCAAUGGAGAUGUCAACCGCGCCCCGCACCUUCACAACCGCAUUGGCACCCGCAUUAGUGGGACUGUGGUUACCACUUCCACCACUCGCGCCACCCGACUCACCCCACCACCCAAUGGUAAGGAGGUCACCCCUCGCAGCACGGUUAAAAAAGGAAGCAGCAGCGGUAAUGGGCGGAACGGUGCCGCCAACUCAAAGCCAGGGCAGACUUCUGCCACCGUCACCAGUACAGCAUCCAUCACAUCUACAGCUACUGUGAAGAACACCCCCAAGGCGCAGCCAACCACCUCCCAGCAGGCAGUCCCAGUCAAGCCCACGUCACGCUGGAAUCACGGACGCCCAGGCAAGGGCCCGUCCACACGCCCACACCAUCGCUUCAGAACACGUAUCGCUCAGUAG